CGCUGUUACCCUUUACAUACAUUGCAAGUCAAUACUAAAGCGUCAUUAAAAUAUAGCACAAUGAAAAUAUCAUCCGUGUCAGGUAUGUCCAAAUACACAUACAUACCGUAAUAAUAUUGUAUGAACUGUUUUUAUCGGGAUAAAGCUAAGGAAAAACAUCUUUAUUGUGUAAAGUCUAGAAUUAGACAUGUACUGCUGUUAUCUAAACACUCGCUAAAAUUAGGAUAAAAGAUGAGUAAAUGUCACAUUGAAACUAGAUUUUAGCCCAUGUAAUAUUGAGUAUUUCAUUGUUUAUCCGGUGUGUAGUGGAUCUCUGUGACUCAGAGCAGCAGCUGAAUGAAGUCGACGGGAGGAAGUGGCGGUUAAUGCAGCUCCACACCUUUCCGGUGUAGCAGCGCUGCGACCACCUCGACUUUAAGGAGAAAGGCGAGCGCUGGGUGUAAUUAUUGAGCCCGGAGGGGGAGAAAGGAGGUAAAUUACUCGUAUUUCAAUUACGGUUUCAAUCGAGAUAUAUACAAAAUACAAAUGUUGUCUCUGUCGCUCGUAUUUCGUUCUCAUAAAGAGUUAUUUUGCGGCAGCUGAUUACCGUUAUCUAGUUAGCUGACUGUUAGCUUCGAGCUAGCUAAUGUUAGCACGCUAGCUCUUCAUGAGCGUUAGCCUGCUAAUUUGGCAUGUCUGACCCUCCUCCCAAAUCUCUUUCAGGGGGACAAGAAGUGGACUUUCAUGAGUGGAUACAUGUGUUGCUGAGUCACCGAGGGGCUUUUCUGCUUUAAAGUUUCUUCAAUCUCGGCGUAGAGACCCGGCUCGACGGUUCAGGGACUGACUGUUAGCCGCAGAAAGCUGCUUUUCUCCUCCGGUGGCCGUGAAAAGAACAAGGGCGCACCCGAUGAGGAGGACCGCCAGACACAAACACCAGGAGGAAUUCACUUUUUCCGGGCCUCAUCCGCGCACGGUGUGAGCUCUAUGCCGCUUUUAUUCGCCACGGUUGGGCUUUGUCACGCAGCUUCACGUUGAUUCGGGCAACAAAAUGAACGUCCUGCAACAGCUGCUGCCAACUUCUUAGUGUAUCCGUGCCAUGUUUGUAUACAGGCCCCGCACACAUUGAGGUACUCUGAACAUUUAUGCCCCUGCAUUUCACUGGACGCACAGACUCUCAAGUAAAAAAUCUAUACGAUCUCUUAGUCAGAUCUAACAUGAGUGAGCAUUUUUGACUUUUUCUCCACUUAUGCUCCUCACUGAAUCAUGUUUUCACAAGUAAGCCUAUAGGCAGAAGUUAUAGGAUAGAAAAAGUACUCAUCAGCACAGUAUCAGACACUUUUCUCUGUAGGAGCAACAUAUUUAUGCACAGUAGUUCAAAAUGGGGAAAGUGCUCUCAAAAAUAUUCGGCAACAAGGAGAUGAGAAUAUUGAUGCUUGGACUUGAUGCUGCUGGAAAGACAACAAUCCUUUAUAAACUGAAACUGGGACAGUCUGUCACCACAAUCCCCACAGUUGGCUUCAAUGUGGAGACUGUUACCUACAAAAAUGUCAAGUUCAAUGUCUGGGAUGUUGGAGGUCAAGAUAAGAUCCGUCCUCUGUGGCGGCACUACUACACAGGCACCCAAGGGUUGAUUUUUGUGGUGGAUUGCGCCGACAGGGAUCGCAUCGACGAGGCCAGGCAGGAACUUCACCGCAUCAUCAACGAUCGGGAGAUGAGGGAUGCCAUCAUCUUGAUAUUCGCCAACAAGCAAGACCUUCCGGAUGCCAUGAAGCCACACGAAAUCCAAGAGAAGCUGGGAUUGACCCGCAUCAGAGAUAGGAAUUGGUAUGUUCAGCCCUCCUGUGCAACCUCAGGUGAUGGACUGUAUGAGGGCUUGACAUGGCUAACCUCAAAUUACAAAUCUUAAUGAUUGAGUGCAGACUGUUUUAGGUCAAAACUAUAACAACAUUGCAAGUAACAAAUAACUUCGCAAUUAAGUCCUUAUGAGUAUGGUUAAGAAAAGUUGAUUUAUCUCCCAUUUAUUUUUUAAUACUACCUUUACCCCAUGACUAAUUUAUCUUAAACUGGGUUUGCUGGCUUAAACUUUGCUUGUGCUCCGUAGCAAGCCUUUAUCAUCUUCAUUAUUCUGGACCCUGCUUGAUUAAUAUUGAAUUAAUUGGUCCUUAUGUUAAAGCCACAGAGAUCACCAUCUUUGCCUAUUCUUUUCCCUGUUUUAUAUAAUUUUUCUAAUGCAGCUGAAACUUUUAUCCUCGUUCUUGGAUUAAAGCUUGUUUCAAGGCUCUUCAGACUCUUGCAUCCAACCUGGACCUUUUUUCUUUUCUUCUAAGAUGUUUAAUUUCAUGUAGCGAAGGUGAAGGACUUGGAGAUUUGUUUUAACACAGUUCUGUGAUGAAAAGUAUUUCUUCUAAAUGGUAUCAACCAUUUUCAUUGUCACCAGUCUUGACAUCAGAAUCAGAUCAUCUGACAUGUUAUGUUAACCCCUUUGAAUCCCCGGAUGUGGGCCCUAUAUUUUACUGAUCGACCUAUUGUGUCGUGUCUUGAUACAUCGGUGUGCUGAAUAUUCAACAAAUAGGCCUCCAAUAAGUCAGAAAAACAUGCUUGUGGGGAUGCAUUUUGAACAUCAAGGGUAAAACGCGGUCAAAUUGACUCAAUCUUUCCAAAGGAAUGUCAUUCAGCUCUGAGCUCUCUCAAUCUGAUACCACAGUUGAUUAGUCUCAUUCUUGGGACAUUAUAUGAUAGCCUAUAUCUGUAGCAUGAGUACGAAAGUACAGUAACCCUACAUCAGAGUCCAUCUGUCGUGCAGUCAGAGGGAGCUGUUCACCAGAGAAAUGUUGGAGACACCCUAAGGUGCAGCUCUUACUCCUCUUUUGACUGGGGGGAACCAUGUACAGAACAAUGUCAUUGUAAUGUCUUAUUAAAAAAGUGAUUUUAAAUCUGUUAUGUCUGUUUAUUUUUUAUC